ACCAGAAAAGUCGGCUGAGGUUGCCGCGUCUUCAAUUCCUGGAUUACUGCUACUUGCAAAUAUCAUUUGUUCACGUCUACCCGAUCUACUCAUCUACUUUUACCUUCUCUGCUCUCUUCUUUUAAUUCAUGUUUAAUUUAUUGGACUAAUCCGCUCCAAUGACUACGAGAGCUCGCAGCUGCUCGCAGCUCCUGCUCUCAGGUCGACCAGUCCCUCCGACAUCGAUAUGCCCUCAAUGCCGGCACCACAACAUCCUUUACACCACGGCCAGUUCGACGCAAUUACGCAAAUACCAUCCCAGCCGCCGACGAAAUGUCUCGCCCAUUGGCGCCGCCGUGUCCGCUGCCCAGAACCUGUUCACCAAGGGCUUCCCCAAAGCUCCUCCCGGUGUGUCGGUCGACCCAUUACGCAUCGUGGGCAAGGAAUUGAAGUUCCUCAGCAAUAAUAUCCGCAACCUGCUGGGGUCAGGCCACCCCAUGCUCGACAAGGUCGCUAAAUACUACACCUGGAGCGAAGGAAAGCACGUCCGGCCGCUCCUCGUGCUGCUCAUGUCCCAAGCCACUGCGCCCACCCGGGACACCUCUCGCUCUCCACCCUCCACCCAAUCCUACAUCAGCCAGCCGAUCAGCUCGCCUCUCGUCCUCGCCGACGCAAACCCAGAUACAAGCCCACUGACCGCGCCAGCAGCCGACCUUGAAGGCGUGUUUGGCGAAGACCCCAACAUCCUCCCCGCUCAGCGCCGCCUGGCCGAAAUCACCGAACUCAUCCACACGGCGUCCCUGCUGCACGACGACGUAAUCGACAACGCCGUCACCCGCCGCUCCUCGAGCUCCGCCAACAUGCAGUUCGGCAACAAAAUGGCCGUUCUGGCGGGUGAUUUCCUGCUUGGUCGUGCCUCUGUUGCUCUCGCUCGUUUGCGUAAUCCUGAAGUUAUUGAAUUGUUAGCCACCGUGAUUGCGAAUCUCGUCGAGGGCGAGUUUAUGCAGCUGAAAAACACGGCAGCGAACGAGACAUACCCCGUGUUUACAGACGAUACCAUCUCGUACUACCUGCAAAAGACAUACCUCAAGACCGCUAGCUUGAUCAGUAAAUCAUGCCGUGCGGCGGCCUUGCUCGGUGAGCACACGCCUGAGACAGUGGAAGCGGCGUAUUUGUAUGGCCGGAACUUGGGAUUGGCGUUUCAGCUGGUUGACGAUAUGCUGGAUUAUACCGUUACCUCGACGGAGUUUGGCAAACCCGCUGGCGCAGAUCUGGAGCUUGGCCUGGCCACGGCGCCGUUGUUGUUUGCGUGGAAAAGAAAUCCCGAGUUGGGCGCGCUGGUGGGGAGAAAGUUUGGUCAGGAUGGGGAUGUAGAGAGGGCCCGCCAUCUUGUCUCCCAGAGCGACGGCGUCGAGCAGACUCGCCUCCUGGCGCAAGAAUACGCCGAUAAAGCCGUCGAGGCAAUACAGAUCUUUCCUGAUAGUGAGGCGAAGAAUGGGCUAAUUGAGAUGUGCAAGAAGACAAUGAACAGGCGGAAAUAACCAACACCACUAACCACACCAACUACUACAUGUACCGAUAUGAUGAGUAAGAGAUAUCACCGCGAUAUACACUCAUUCACUCAUUCACUCUUACGGCCGCUGUGUUGCGUGCAUUUAUCACUGACCACGAGGUCACGGAGUCGCGGGUUGAUUAUCAAUUGACAUGUAUUUUAUUAUUCAUGUAUUACCAGCUCAACAAUACAACAAUAGAAUAGACCUCCCCCUC